CAAAACAAAUAUAACAGCUUGUUUCCAGCCAGCAGUUCAGUUUUGUAGUAAACAAGGAGUUGUGGCUUUUGUAAAAAUGUCCCUUGAAAGAUGCGCACGUUUGGGGAUCUUAGUGGUAAUUACCAUCCACAUCGUAAGUUCACUGGACCUUUUCUCAACCAUGGAUUUAGCAAGGGAUUCUAUCAUAAAGCAUUCGACUUUUCAAACAAUGGGACUAAGGGCAGUCGUCGUUGGACGUGGCAAGAGUGGGUCUACUUUGACUUCGAGUGCUGUUAACCACUAUUCAAACAAAUUCCUCCAAGUCCUGAACGAAAUCGAGCGAGGCAUAGCUGAAGGGUCUCAAAGAGGGUCCCGAAAUUCCCAGCAAAAGCUUAAGCUGCUCAAGACCUCAAUUCAAGAAGCAGUGAAAAAGAAAAUGUACCAAUUUGCUCGUAACCAACUCGGUAGAGCUUUCUACCUGAUCCACAAGAACGCUUCAACCACUGGUCGAUCUAGGCGACACAGAAGAGCAUCAGUUGCAAGCACAGUUUCAACGUUUGUAAGAGAUAUCAAAACCUCAUUACCUAUUGAUAAAUAUGACGAAUUUUUUGCAGUAGAUGGAGAAGUGACUUUGACGUUUGCUAUUGAUACAACUGGGAGUAUGGCAGACGAGAUAGCCGCUGCAAAACAAAUAGCGAUUGAUGUCAUUAACAUCAAAAGAAACAAGCCGGUGAAUUAUAUUCUUUCUCCUUUUGGAGAUCCAGAAAUGGGCCCAAUUACAUUCAGAGAUAAAUCCGAGAACGCAUCAUUUGUGUCCGACAUAAAUAACCUUAAAGCAAAAGGCGGAGGAGAUUGCCCAGAAUUAACCUUCCAAGGUAUAAGGGAGGCACUUAAUGAGGCACCUGAAACGGGAUCGCCGCUGUACGUAUUUACCGACGCUUCAGCAAAGGACAACGACUUAGUGGAUGACGUUAUCGACUUUGCCAUGAAUCUUGACAUUACCGUAAAUUUUUUUAUAACAGGAAGUGGAUAUCCUUGCAGGGCGGGAGACACCAAUUUUGCCAAACUUGCCCAAGCAACGUCAGGCCGGGUACUGCGGUUCAAGAAUGCAAACGAAAUGCUAAAAAUGAGCAACUACAUUGGCAAAAGUCUUCCUGGGUUCAACAUUAUUACCACAGGUUCUAGCCCCUUGGCAAAGAGAAAGCGAAGGUCUUCUGGUAACAAAACCUACAAAUUCCCAAUUGACGAGUCUGUUGAAACCAUGUUAGUCUGCUUCAAUUCGGAUACAAGGAAUGAUGGCCGGGGUGUUGUCUUGAAAGAUCCAUCAGGUACUGUGAUAACCUCAGAAAAAGUUUCCUUAUCAACGACUACACUUUACGAGAUCAAAACCCCCGAGAUAGGCCAGUGGUCCUUACAGAUAUCACCAUCUGUGAUCUCAGGAAAGUAUACCUUUGAUGUCAAAUCCACUAGUGAGGCUAUCGUUGACUUCAGUCACUACUUCCUUGUUACGAUUCAAAGACCUCGGUCCAAAGUUGAAAUCUACACAUCAAAUCCAAUUAUUGGAAAGUCGAGUGAGCUCUUCAUAAAUGUAGUUGGUGCUGGCACGAUCAACCGACACACACUGAAGCUAGAACUCAUAACAGAACACAACCAACACAUCCAGAAUGUCAACCUCACAUCAAAUGACACUGACGGAAAGCGCUACAUUGCGACAUUCUUACCACCCACCCGACCCCUCAAACUGAAAAUCAAAGGCAUUACUAAGCACGGUAAUCCUUUUGAACGCAUCUCCCAUUACAUCAUCCAACCAAAGUCAGUUCUACUUGGGCUGUUUUUCUGUAAAACAGAAAACACCAUAAAAAGAGGAGGAAAGUCGACAACUGUGUUUCGUCUCUACAAUGCCGCUCCUGUUGACAAGGAUCUGGUCAUCAAAGUCAGAGAUAAGAGGGGAUUUGCUCAACCACUACGCAGAACAAGACGAAGAAUCAGAAGAGGACGGAUGGGGUUCUUCAGUGUUUCUUUUCGAGCUCCUACGAAUGUGGCUAUUGGUACUGACAACACUGCCACUGUUAUAGUAUUAGUGAACAAUGGUGAAGAAAAGCUGAUAGAGACAAUUCAAAUGAAUGUUAUACCUUAGAUUUAGAAUGUGUGAUACUGUGGAUAGAUAUUGUAAGUGAAGAAAGCAAUGAGAGGCAAUUUAAAUUAAUGCCAUACCUUGGAUUUAGAAUACAAAAUGUGUGAUUGAUAGAUAUUGUAAUGUGGCUAUAGUUACUGAUGACAAUGCUAUUGCUAUAUUAUCAGUGAAGAAGACAAGGAGAAGUUGAUAGAGUUGGUCCAACUGAUUGUUUAGAUUUAGUAAACACUCACAGAAUGUGUGGUUUUAACACACAAAUGAUAUUCAUACUGUCAUAUUGUAGGAGAGCAAAGAAAAUGAUUGACAACUAUAGGUUAUCAAAACGAUGGUUAUAUCUUAGUAUAUAGCAAUAUUCACUGUUUACAGACAUUGACGUCAGGAAUCUUUCUCAAUUUGCCAACCAUUAAAACAAAAGAUCUCUUUCUUUCAAUAGCCUAGUAAGAGCUCUGAUUGGUACAUUAAUAUCAAUAGGUGACCUCAGCAUAAACAUUGCUAUAGUAGGAUAAACACAAUAUCUUAACAUUUAAUAUAUACAGUGGAAUAAACAUUGUGCACUGCA